AUGGGCGGAGAAAAGGCCCCAGAGCGUGUGCUCAUUGUCCUGCACCGGCCGAUUCCUGAGGAUGUCCAGGCGGAGAUCCGACACAAGUUUGCUGAUGCCGAGGUCAGCUUCUACAAUUCCGAGCUCGGUGUCCCGGUGCCUCCUGAAUUGUUUCACAAGGCGACUGUUCUUGUGACAUUUGCAAGUCUUCCGGGCCUCAAGGAUGCACAGAACAUUAAAUUGAUUCACACAUUCUCUGCGGGCUUAGAUCACCUAUCACAACACCCUAUCUUGCGCGAAAGCGAUAUCCACAUCACCACCAGUUCCGGUAUCCAUGGUCCUCCCAUUGCAGAAUGGACUGUGAUGAACUGGUUGGUCUCUUCUCGAAAGUAUGCGGAGACAUACGAAGCCCAAAAAGCCCACCAGUGGCAGAAUAAGAACGGCGAUGUCGGCGGGUUCCAUGACCAAGUGGGCAAGAAAGUGGGGAUUUUGGGAUAUGGAAGUAUCGGACGUCAAAUCGCUCGUGUUUCACAAGCCUUGGGCAUGACAGUUCACGCCUACACGGCCUCCCCUCGCCCAACACCAGAGUCCCGUCAUGACCAUGGCUACAUUGUACCUGGAACUGGCGAUCCCGAUGGCUCAAUUCCGGCCUCAUGGCACCACGGAACCGAUCGCGAAUCUAUCCGCAAAUUUCUGGCUAUCGGACUUGACCACCUGGUGAUAUCUCUCCCACUCACUCCGCAAACCACUUAUCUACUCUCGGAGGAGGAAAUUACGAUCCUUUCUGAAAACAGCCAUCACCAUGCUAGCAACCCAUAUGUGACCAACAUUUCACGAGGAAAGGUCAUUGACCAAAAGGCACUCGUUGACGCGCUUCAUUCAGGUGUGUUGGGCGGCGCAGCACUUGAUGUUACUGAUCCCGAGCCUCUUCCCGAAGAUGAUCCUCUUUGGGACGCGCCGAACGUGCAGAUUAGCCCACACAUCAGUUCUCGUGGGAAGGAGUAUAUCCCGCGUUCCCUCGAUAUUCUCAAGGUCAAUUUAGGCCGCCUGGCGAAGGGCGAACCGUUGAUUAAUGAUUACAAGCGGGAUAAGGGGUACUAA